AUGUUAGGUGGGUUUUUAUUUAUCAUAUUGUAUUUUGCGCAUCCAACAUUUGAAAUAACCGUCAAUAUAGACGGCCGUAUAGAUCUGGGACCAAAAUGGAACUACGAAAUAAAUAAUAUAUCUACGGACAAAGUUCCCCAACAGUAUAAGCUUCUAGAAUCCGCUAUAAUACGGACAAUCAAAAACACAGACAGCGAACUUGCUCAUAAUGCAAAUUCAAACGCCAUUUUGAAUAAUACGAAACUAAAUAUAUCGAAUAAUUAUUUCGAUUUUGAUCUAUCUAAAAUAUUUGAAAGCAAUGAAAACACGACAAACGUUAAAAAAGAAGAUGAACCUAUUACACAAUCAUUAAGUUCCAUUAACGAUAGAGACAUUAAAACAGUUAAAGAAAUAACACAAAUUAAAGAGAGAAUUAAUCAGUUAAAUAAAACGAAACCAGUAACAGAAAAUAUUAUUAGAACUAAACACAACUCCAGUCGUUUAAAGAAAGAGAAGCGAAAGAAAAAAAGAGAUGAAGAUGAAACAUUCAGCGAUCAUGAGAACUUUAAAUUUGAUGAUCAAACCACAAAGAAAAAGAAAACUAAAAGAAAUAGACAUAAGGAUAUAACGAGAGGUGGUUAUGUAAGUAAAGCAGUAUACAGGGCCCGAAAAGUGAAAGAGGAUACUAAAGUUUAUGACUUCACAGUACACAUUUAUAAACAAACAUUGAAAGUAUUCGAUGGUAUCGAAAAGAAAACUGAUAACGAAAAAUUGAAGCGUAAAGUAACCGCUCUAAAGCGUAGCUACAAAGAGAGAUUCGGUGAUUUUCUGAAACAAACAUACAAUCACACGUUGAAAACAAAACUGGGCAAACAAAAAGUAAUUUUAAACACAAUUGAUAUGUCGAAUAAACUGUUACAACGGUUGGUGAAUCAUUUAUUACAUGACAUGGACCGCGAGAUUCUACGCACAAAUUUAGGCACAGUUAACGUCUUUCAAAAAGAAGUGGAUAAAGAAAAGGCAAUAGAAAAUAUACACGCGUGUAAAAAGCUCGGUGUGUGUAGACAGAAUGAUGAUUUCAGCGAUUUCUUAGUUGAAAUUCUUAGAAUUAUAAUACAAACUGAUGAUACAAAAGUUAAACAAGCUAUGGACGCUUUAGUUGAAGCAUAUCUAGGAGCUGAUUUCGAUGAGAUUCUUGAACCUAAUCUUCAAAUUAAAUUUAAAAAGGGUUUAGGAAAAACUGAAGUAUGGGAUGCGUUCAUGAGUCGUGCUAUGUUCGUCGUUCUAAGGAACAUUAUAAAGAAUAAAAACAAACCAAUUGUAGUUAUGAACCAACUGGAUAAUGAACUUGCUAAUAAAACAAUAGCGAUAUAUGAUAUCAUUAAUAUUCUGAAUGAGAAAUUGCCAAAGUCUGAGAAUGAAAAAGAAUGGGCAGGUAUGAAGAAGGACUUAGUUGAUUGGUCGGAAGAUAGACAUAAUAAUAUAUCGCUUAUAGCAAAUAGUUAUGUUAAUCACGUUGUAGAAAAGGCUCUAAGAAAGAUGGAUUAUGACACUCGUGUGAAAUUCAAUGAGAGUAUGGCUGUGUUGCUGUCCCAUAUAAACUAAAAUA